AUGACGUCACCUCCCACCCUUCCACCACCCCUCCCUCCGCCGUCAUCGGACUCCGACUCCGAUACAGCCACCACCUCAAACCACGGCCACACCGACCUCUCCAACACCAUUUUCAAAUCCUACAUCGAGAUCACAGGCCAGUCAUCGCCAGACCUCUCCAAGAUCCAAUCUUUUCUCACCUCAUCGCGCUCUGGUGCUCUCUCAUGCCUUAUAUGCCUCGAACGCAUCAGACCCUCUGACCCCACCUGGUCCUGUUCCUCUCGUUGCUUCGCCGUCUUGCACCUCCUCUGCAUUCAGUCCUGGGCCCGCCAGUCCUCCGACCUCUCUGCCGCUCGCGCUGCCGCACGGGCAGCCUCCGUCGAUGAUCACUCUUUCUGGCACUGCCCGAAAUGUCGAAUUGAGUACCCCAAAAGCCAAAUUCCCAAAACAUACUUGUGUUUCUGUGGAAAACUUGAAAACCCAACGCACGAUCCGUGGGUUUUACCUCAUUCUUGUGGUGAAAUCUGCGAAAGGCCAUUGAAGUACAACUGUGGACAUUACUGUUUGCUGUUGUGUCACCCCGGUCCAUGUCCGGCGUGCCCGAAAUUGGUGAAAACCCGGUGUUUUUGUGGGGCUGUUGAGGAUGUUAAGCGGUGUGGAUUCAAGAAUUUUUCAUGCUAUGGGGUGUGUAAAAAGUUAUUGGAUUGCGGGAUUCACAGGUGUGGUGAGAUUUGCCAUGAGGGUGAGUGCCCACCUUGCCGGGCUCAAGGGGUUUAUAAGUGCCAAUGUGGGCAGGUGGAGGAGCAGAGAGAGUGUUAUGAGAGGGUUUUCAGGUGUGAAAUUCCAUGUCAGAGGUUGCUUGGUUGCGGGAAGCAUUUGUGUAGUAGAGGGUGUCAUCAGGGUGAGUGUGGUGAGUGCCCGCUUCAGGGGAAGCGGACAUGCCCGUGUGGGAAGCGAGUGUAUGAGGGAAUGGCUUGUGAUGUUGUAGUGCCGGUAUGUGGGGCAACUUGUGAUAAGAUGUUGCAGUGUGGCUUUCAUAGGUGCCCGGAGAGGUGUCACCGUGGACCGUGCAUUGAGACUUGUAGAAUUGUUGUUACCAAGUCGUGCAGGUGUGGGAGCUUGAAGAAACAGGUUCCUUGUUAUCAAGAUUUGGCAUGUGAAAGGAAGUGUCAGAGACAACGAGAUUGUGGACGCCAUGCUUGUAAGCGUCGCUGCUGUGAUGGGGACUGCCCACCUUGCUCAGAGAUUUGUGACAGGAGGCUUCGGUGUAAGAAUCACAAAUGCCCUUCUCCGUGCCACAGAGGUGCUUGUGCUCCUUGCCCCAUCAUGGUGAAAAUUUCUUGUUUUUGUGGGGAUACACACUUUGAGGUUCCCUGUGGCACGGAGAAAGAACAAAAGCCUCCACGAUGUCCAAGGCCAUGUCAUAUUGCUCCUUUAUGCAAUCAUGGAUCAAAAUGCAAGCCUCACAGGUGCCAUUAUGGAGCUUGUCCCCCUUGUCGGCUCAUUUGUGAUGAGGAGUAUUCAUGUGGUCACAAGUGCAAAUUAAGGUGCCAUGGCCCUAAACCACUUCCUAAUCCAGAAUUUGCAUUGAAACCAAAGAAAAAGAAGCCAAAUCAUCAGAGUGAAUGUACUCCUGGUUCAUUAUGCCCUCCUUGCUCGGAACUUGUUUGGAGGUCAUGUGUUGGCCAUCACAUAGGAGCUGAGAGGAUGAUGGUUUGCUCAGCAAGAGCAGAAUUUUCUUGUGACAAUCUUUGCGGGAACCUUCUGCCUUGUACCAAUCAUUAUUGCACUUACACAUGCCAUACCCUGAAGAGUCGGUCUUUAACAUCCGGUCAGCAUGAAAGAGACUUGUCUUGUGAAGUGUGUAAUCUUCCUUGCCAAAAGGAGAGGCAGCCUGCCUGUCCACAUCCCUGUCCUCUGCUUUGUCAUCCUAGUGAAUGUCCUCCUUGCAAAGUGCUGAUCAAGCGUUCAUGUCAUUGUGGUUCCAUGGUCCAUGUUUUUGAGUGUAUGUAUUACAACAGCUUGUCUGGUGAGGAGCAAAUGAAGGUUCGCUCAUGUCGGGGUCCUUGCCAUAGAAAGCUAGCCAAUUGUACACAUCUCUGCCCGGAGAUAUGUCAUCCUGGUCAAUGCCCAUCACCUGACAAAUGCUCUAAAAAGGUUACUGUUCGGUGUGGAUGCCAAAACUUGAAAAAGGAGUGGUUAUGUCAAGAUGUACAAGCAGCGUAUCGCAAUACUGGUUAUGAUCCCAAAGAUAUCUCUAAAAGUAACUAUGGGCUAUCACUUCUUCCAUGUAACUCAGAUUGCAAGAGUAAAGUAAAGGUUCCUGAUUCAGAGUUACUACUCCGUAAAUCUAAAGUUGUGGAG